GCCGCAAUUGCGCUCCGCGCCGCUGUAGUGCUGCUUCACACGUCCAGCACGACCGCCAAUUGACAGGCACAGCCAUGCUCCGCCAGGCUGCCUCGCCCUGGAGAAGUGUCGCACACCGCGCUGGUGCUGCGACUGCGACUGCGCGAAGACGAUGCAUCCACAUGUCCGCAACGAGCUCGUCCACCGAGCCUGCGCUCGACCAGCGCGUGAACAUUGAUGCUGCGACCGCGCCAGUGGUCUCGCCUGAUGCACACUUCGAGGUCAUUGGGACACCCAUGUCCCUUCUCUCCGUUUCUCUUUCCGCAUCGCAAACCCUCUUCACCCGUCGCGGCACUCUGAUCGGUCUGAACGGCAGGUCAGAGAAUACACUAUCGACCCUCUCCUUCCUCGAGCCGUUCAGGCGCGCACCUGUCGGCAUCCCCUUCAUGUACCAGAAGAUCUCCUCGACCACCCCAGUCACAGCCCUGGUUUCCACCAAGUCGCCCAUAUCUAGCAUCGUUACAGUCAACCUCGAUGGCAGACAAGACUGGGUCAUCAGCCAGAGACAGGCGCUGUUGGCAUGGACAGGCCACACCCUGGGCCUGAAGCCUCAGUACAACAUGAAGCUCGGCCUGGCGCAUUGGGGAAACACAUACAUCACAGGACGCGGGCUGCUUGCGCUUGCGGGGAGCGGGCAGGUCUACCAGGUGCAAUUGAAGGCUGGCGAGAGCUACGUUGCGCACCCAGCCAACGUCGUAGCAUACACAGCAUCAGCAACACCGCCGAUGCCCUUUCGCUUCAAGUCUUCCAACUUCCGCCUCCAGGUCCCUGAUCUUGGCUUUGGGUCUUUCGUACAGAACGCCAAGUUCUUCAGGGUCAUGAGCCAGACAGCAACGUGGCGCGCAGUCUCAACCACAUGGCAUACCAUCAAGACGUGGUCACGGCGGACCAUCUGGGGCGACAGGUUAUUCCUCCGCUUCGAGGGCCCAGCAACGAUGCUCCUUCAGUCUCGUGCCUCGCGUAUCAGCGACGUCCUCACACUCAAGGAUGUCAACGAGAUUGCUGAGAGCCAGCCGGGCGCCAUUCAGGAUGUAGUAGAUCGCAAGAUCAAGGAGGAGAUCAAGCAGAUUGGUACCGGUACAACAGUACCCGGGGUUCAAGAGAGCGAUGUAGGCGCGGUCAAGUACGCCACGAUCAGGAGCGGGAAAGCGGUCUUUGAAGGGUCUAGGACACCAGCAUCGUAAAAGAUGCCUUGUAACAUAUGUAGAGCAUUCGGCAUACUCCUCCACCUGAGGGGCAAUUAUUAGGUGAAAGAUCUACUCUCGCUUUUCCUUGGCUACACCAAC